UCAGUCGAGUUUUGGAAGUCGUACAGUCAUCGUCGUGGUAAAAGGUAGAGAAGUUUUUUCGUGCGUCUGAAAAGCCAAGAAAGAAAGCUUAACAGUAAGGAGGCUUUGUGUAAAACUAGCUGAAAAAAUCGGUUCAAUUUUGAUUUCAAAAACGAGUUGACUACGAUCUGUGCCAGGAAACGAUGGCAGAAGGAAAGAAUGAGGAUUUGGCGACCGCAAUUUUGAAGCGCAAGGACCGUCCAAACCGUUUAAUUGUGGACGAAGCUGUGAAUGAUGACAACUCGGUCAUUUCGCUGUCGCAGGUUAAAAUGGACGAACUGCAACUGUUCCGUGGAGAUACCGUGCUACUCAAGGGAAAACGGCGUAAGGAGACGGUAUGUAUCGUACUCUCGGAUGAUAACUGUCCGGAUGAGAAUAUCCGUAUGAAUCGCGUUGUGCGUAAUAAUUUGCGCGUCCGUUUGGGAGACAUCGUGUCAAUCCAAUCCUGCCCGGAUGUCAAGUACGGCAAGCGGGUACACAUCCUACCACUUGACGAUACCGUUGAAGGAUUGACCGGCAAUCUAUUUGAUGUUUAUUUGAAACCAUACUUCCUCGAAGCUUAUCGACCAAUUCAUAAGGAUGAUACUUUCAUUGUCCGUGGUGGUAUGCGGGCCGUUGAGUUCAAGGUGGUCGGAGCAGAUCCAUCACCGUUUUGUAUUGUGGCUCCGGAUACGGUGAUUCACUGUGAGGGUGACCCAAUCAAGCGUGAAGAAGAGGAAGAGGCUUUGAACGCUGUUGGAUAUGAUGAUAUCGGUGGAUGCCGUAAGCAACUGGCUCAAAUUAAGGAGAUGGUUGAGCUUCCAUUAAGACAUCCGUCGUUGUUCAAGGCUAUUGGUGUUAAGCCGCCAAGAGGUAUCCUCAUGUAUGGUCCGCCCGGUACGGGUAAGACCCUGAUUGCACGUGCAGUUGCCAACGAGACUGGAGCGUUCUUUUUCCUUAUCAACGGUCCGGAAAUUAUGUCUAAGUUGGCUGGAGAGUCCGAGUCGAAUCUACGAAAGGCAUUUGAGGAAGCGGAAAAAAAUUCACCGGCCAUCAUCUUCAUUGAUGAACUCGAUGCAAUUGCACCGAAGCGCGAGAAGACGCACGGUGAAGUGGAGCGUCGUAUCGUUUCCCAGCUGCUGACACUGAUGGACGGUAUGAAAAAGAGCGCGCAUGUUAUUGUAAUGGCUGCGACAAAUCGACCGAACUCGAUUGAUCCGGCACUGCGUCGAUUUGGGCGAUUCGAUCGGGAGAUUGAUAUUGGUAUUCCUGAUGCUACCGGAAGAUUGGAAGUGCUCAGAAUCCACACCAAAAACAUGAAACUUGCCGAUGAUGUUGAUCUCGAACAGAUUGCUGCCGAAUCUCAUGGACAUGUUGGUGCUGAUUUGGCCUCCCUGUGCUCAGAAGCAGCACUGCAACAGAUUCGUGAAAAAAUGGAUUUGAUCGACUUGGAGGAUGACCAGAUUGAUGCCGAGGUGUUGAAUUCUCUGGCCGUUUCUAUGGAGAACUUCCGCUAUGCUAUGACCAAAUCGAGCCCUUCGGCAUUACGCGAAACGGUUGUCGAAGUUCCCAACACAACAUGGACUGAUAUCGGUGGCUUGGAGAACGUCAAACAGGAAUUGCAGGAAUUGGUGCAGUAUCCGGUUGAACAUCCCGAUAAGUUUUUGAAGUUCGGCAUGCAGCCAUCGCGUGGUGUGCUAUUCUAUGGACCGCCAGGUUGCGGUAAAACCUUGCUGGCCAAGGCUAUUGCUAACGAGUGUCAGGCUAAUUUCAUCUCGGUAAAGGGUCCGGAACUGUUAACUAUGUGGUUUGGUGAAUCGGAAGCCAACGUUCGCGAUAUCUUCGACAAGGCUCGUUCUGCUUCCCCUUGCGUGUUGUUCUUUGAUGAGCUGGACAGUAUCGCCAAAUCACGUGGUGGAAACGUUGGAGACGCCGGUGGCGCUGCCGAUCGUGUCAUAAAUCAGAUCCUCACAGAAAUGGACGGUAUGGGCGCCAAAAAGAAUGUGUUUAUUAUUGGUGCCACCAAUCGACCGGAUAUUAUUGAUCCGGCUAUUCUGCGUCCUGGUCGUCUCGAUCAACUUAUUUACAUUCCGCUUCCGGACGAUAAGUCCCGUGAGGCUAUUUUGAAGGCCAAUCUACGUAAAAGUCCGGUUGCGACUGAUGUUGAUCUUACAUAUGUGGCCAAAGUAACCCAGGGAUUUUCGGGUGCUGAUUUGACUGAAAUUUGCCAACGUGCCUGUAAGUUGGCCAUUCGUCAGGCAAUUGAAGCGGAAAUUCGCCGGGAACGGGAACGUACAGAAAAACAAAGUUCCGCGAUGGAUAUGGACGAAGAUGAUCCAGUGCCGGAAAUUACCCGUGCCCAUUUUGAAGAGGCGAUGAAAUUCGCCCGCCGGUCUGUAUCUGACAAUGACAUCCGAAAAUACGAAAUGUUUGCCCAAACGUUGCAACAAUCUCGUGGAUUUGGUAACAACUUCAGAUUCCCGGGAGGUCAAGGCGGUUCCAGCUCACAAGGGCAAGGUCCAAACCAGCCAACGAGUAAUCCAGGUGACAACGGGGAUGACGAUCUCUACAGUUAGACUACCGCUGCCUCUUUUCAAGGCAAAAGCAGCAUACAACAUACAAUUCGUAAUAUCAAAUGAGCGAGAAUGUCCAUCCGUUAGACGCCCAUCUCUCAUUCUAUAUCCGCCACGAAAACACUCUCUAACUCAGAGAACCUAUUUUUGAGAAAGGUUCCACACAAGAAUAUCUGUUCAAGGGAAUUACAAAUAGAAUAUGGAGUUACAAUACACAUGCAGAAGCAAAUUGCGAAGAUUUAUCGUAGGGGAUAUCUUUUUAAAACAGGAAACCAUUUAAACUCUGUAACUGCACGAGAAUAACACGUUUUCCUACACCAAUUAAUAAAUUCGUUUUCACGGACAUGCUAUUUCAAUAUUAUUCUGCGAGUGUCAAACUUCGUGGAGGGUCUCCAUUUUUUUUUAAAUUUGUGCGAGUUUUCUCCAUACCUGAGUUCAUUAUUGUUUUAAAUCCGAAAGGCGAUAUCAACUUAUGGAAUGUUCGAACCAAAUGAUGAACAGUUAAAAUUGAAUUGAUAUAGUUGAAUUUGCAAAUCGAAAUAAAUAAGGCGAUACCAAUUGGCGCCGAAAUCUUGGAGUGUGUCGUGCGCAGAGGUGAAACGGAGACGUUCAUUCAAAAAAACUAUAUUAUUAAUUAUUUUCUCCUUUUACCCUAAAUAAAAUGUGUAGUUUAAAGACUAGAAAUGGUAACGAUGAACCAAACUUUGGUAAUGUAAUGAAAAGGCAAAAAAAAAAAUAAAAUAAAAUCGAGAGCAGUAAAAUGUA